UAAAUCAAUAUGUAACUGAUGUUGAAAAUCAGUUAAAUUCAGCAAAAAACUUUUUAGAACAAAGAGAGUUAAUAGAUGAAGGGUAUAAAGUUAUUUUAUAUUGUAAGAAUAAGUUUGUGCAUGCACUUGGUUUUACUACACCAUUUUUUCAAGCUUCAGAAAAUAUUACUGAAAUUGUUGUUAACUCAACAUUUAAAACAAACCAGGAACGAUUUGAACUCUUUGCU